AUGUAUAAAACCAUUCCCAUGUUGACGACAUAUACGGUGUAUAAAACCAUUCCCAUGUUGACGAUAUACACGGUGUAUAAACACAUUCUCAUAUCGACGAUAUACACGUUGUAUAAAACCAUUCCCAUGUCGAUUAUAUACACGGUGUAUAAACACAUUCCCAUGUCGAUGAUAUACACGUUGUAUAAAACCACUCCCAUAUCGAUGAUAUACACGGUGUAUAAACACAUUCCCAUGUCGAUGAUAUACACGUUGUAUAAAACCAUUCCCAUGUCGAUGAUAUACACGUUGUAUAAACACAUUCCCAUGUUGACGAUAUACACGUUGUAUAAAACCAUUCCCAUGUCGACGAUAUACACGUUGUAUAAAACCAUUCCCAUGUCGAUGAUAUACACGUUGUAUAAACACAUUCCCAUGUUGACGAUAUACACGUUGUAUAAAACCAUUCCCAAGUCGAUGAUAUACACGUUGUAUAAACACAUUCCCAUGUCGACACGUUGA